AUGCCCGACCUCUCCGCCCCGCUCCCGACAUACGCAGACGUCCAGUCGGCGGCAUCCCGCCUGGCUGGCGUAGCGCACCGCACCCCUGUCCUAACCUCCACCACGAUGAACGAAUCCCUCGGCGCAAGCCUCUACUUUAAAUGCGAAAACUACCAGCGCAUGGGCGCCUUCAAGUUCCGCGGCGCGUACAACGCCCUUUCCCGCUUCUCUCCCUCCCAAACGGCUGCCGGUGUACUGGCCUACUCGUCUGGCAACCACGCACAAGCCAUUGCACUCUCCGCACGCCUCCUCGGUAUGCCAGCCGUGAUUGUCAUGCCCAAGGACGCGCCGGCAGCCAAGCUCGCCGCGACUCGGGGCUACGGAGCACAAGUGGUCCUCUACGACAGGUUCACUGAAGACCGAGAGGCCAUUGCUUCCCGUCUCGCCCACGAGAGGGGACUGACCCUCAUCCCACCCUAUAACCACCCGCACGUCAUGGCCGGCCAGGGGACAGCUGUCGCCGAGCUAUUGGAGGACGUGCCGGACCUCGAUGUCAUUUUCGUGCCUCUCGGUGGAGGAGGUUUGUUGUCUGGUUCGUUACUGGCCGCCAAAUCCCUCGCCCCAAAUUGUGCGGUUUAUGGCGUCGAGCCAGAGGCCGGCAACGAUUUCCAGCAGUCUCUUCGGACAGGCAAAAUUGUCAAGAUCGAGACGCCAAAGACUAUCGCCGACGGAGCGCAGACCCAGGCCGCUGGCGAUCUCACUUUCGCCGUCGUGCGCGACCAUGUUACGGACAUUGUCACUGCUACGGAUGAGCAGCUUGUCGACGCGCUCCGGUUCUACGCUGAGCGCAUGAAGAUGGUCGUAGAGCCCACGGGCGCGCUGUCGCUGGCAGCGGCGCAGAAUGCCGGCAUCGAUAUCAAGGGCAAGAAGGUCGGGAUCUUGAUUAGCGGCGGCAACGUCGAUAUCGCAAAGUACGGCGAGCUGCUCAGCCGGGGCCUGUAG